CACUUUUACUUUUGGUAUAAAAGGCUCAUUUCAUUUUUAUCUCAAAAUCAUUCACAAUCAGUUCAAACAUUAUUCAACAUCUAAAAAACCAACAAAAAACCAACUCAACUCUCAUCAUGAAGGUCAUUGUCUUCCUCGCUCUCUGCGGAAUCGCCUCAGCUGGUAUCAUCGCCGCUCCAGCAGCCAUCGUCAGCACUGGUUCAUCAUCACAAACCCGAAGCCAAGAUGGUCUUGGAAACUAUGCUUUCGCAUACAAUGAAAACCACGCAACUGGAGGUUCAUCCCGAAGUGAAUCUGGAAAUGCUCUUGGACAAGUUGUUGGAUCAUACUCACUUGGUGUUGUUGACGGAAGACAACGAGUUGUUAACUAUGUAGCUGACGCUCUCGGUUUCCGAGCUGCCAUCAGCACCAACGAACCAGGAACUGCCCCUAAACCAGCUGCAUCAACCAGCAUCUCAUCACCAGGAGUCAUUGCUGCCGCCCCAGUCGCUGCCCCAGUCGUUGCUGCUGCUGCUCCAGUUGUUGCUGCUGCCCCAGCACCAGCAUACUAUGCUGCACCAGCCCCCAUCCACGCUGCACCACUUGGUGCAUACUACUCAUCAGUUGUUAACCACGGAUACCCUGCCCCAGCUUAUGCCGCUAAAGUUGUUGCUGCUCCAGCUUAUGCUGCACCAGCUCUCUGGUAAUUCAUUAAUUAAUUGUUUAACUAAUUAUGAAUUGAUGAUGUUAUAAAAUACAAACUGCCAAAUAAUAAUAAUGUCAAUUUUCAAUGUAAA